AUGAAAGCAAUAUCGAUUCUCUCCUCCCUAGCGGCAGCCGGCCUCGCGUCCGCGCAAACCGCACCCGACAUCAUCCCAACAAUCCUCGGCAUCCGCGGCGCCAACUCAGCCGGCUGCUUCUCAGCAACAAGCAUGAAUCUCGCAUUCACCGCGAACAACCUCAAGCUCGACUUCGCCGACAUGCGCGCCAGCGUGACCCCUGCCGACCCAUACGACUCCGAGGCCGCGAUCUGCGUCAUGUCCAUCGAGCUCGGCGCGUUUCCGCAGGGCUGGCGGAUGGCGCUCGCUGAUAUCACGUACUCCGGCCACGCGAAGCUUAGCGGAGGCGCGCGUGUUAAGAGUUUCGCGGCCAAUGCGUAUUUUCAGUGGGAGCAUCUUAAGGAUAGUAGUUUGGUUGUCGAUGCUUCGGUUAAGAAUGCUUCGGGCUCGUAUCUUAUGAACGUCCCGGAGAUGCGCGUCGAUUUCGGCGCGACCGGAUUCUAUGACCAGGAUUUUCUGGUUAAUAUCCCGAAUCUCGGGGUGGCGUGGUCGCCGUGUUUCACGGGCCAGGAGUAUACGUAUGAUGAUAAGAUGCAGGUGCAGUUCCAGUUCCAGGCGUAUAUGACGAAGGAGGGUUUUUCGAAAACGGGUAGUGGUGUGUUUGGUCGUGCUGCGGGGCCGGCUUUGACGGCGGAUUUUAGGGUCGUUUGGGAGAAGUGCGAUUCGUCGCAGAGGAAUGCUUGGGGUCAGUUUAGGAUGGGCGAUUAUGAGACUUGUCAGCGCAUUGGACCUGGUACUACUGAUGGGCAGCCGACUGUGAAAUGGUGA